GAGAAAAAAAUCUUAGGGACGGAUUUGUUAGUAUCAAGCUGACUGAGGGUGUACCGGUCGAUAUUAUAAGCUAUCAAGUUGGAGAAAGAAUAGUGUAGGAUCCGAAAUUUAUCGCUUUCUGUACUUUUCAUAAGGCUUUUAUGAAUGGAUUUCUCCGAUUUGUAAAGCGCACAGUUCCAGAAUUAUGGGAUGUCUUUAAUUACCUUAAUUCACUGACUCGGAUUGGGACAGCCAUAGGCAUUCAAAGUGCGCCCUCGUAAACGCGUAGCCUAUCUGCCAUAUCGUCUUCAUUUGAAAAGAGAAAUUGGAUUGUUUGGACCUCCACAAUCUCACCUCACUGAUUCUCUUGGAUAAGACCUUCUUUACGCGGAUAACGUCUCCACAAUCUUGCGUGGUGCUUUACGGGCAAGGAAGAAUGGCGCGAUAAAGUGUGGUAGCAUUCAGAGGAAUCAUUCGAAAUACCUAUUUUGUGUACACUGCUGGCUCGUCAUGUACUCUCCAAUUUGUCUUACUCAGGAUGAAUUUCAUCCCUUUAUCGAGGCGCUUCUCCCUCAUGUCCGUGCCAUUGCCUACACGUGGUUCAACCUCCAGGCCAGGAAACGCAAGUACUUCAAGAAGCACGAGAAACGGAUGUCCAAGGACGAGGAGCGUGCGGUCAAGGACGAACUGCUCAGCGAGAAGCCCGAGAUCAAACAGAAGUGGGCCUCCAGGCUCCUCGCCAAGCUCCGCAAGGACAUCCGCCAAGAGUACCGCGAGGACUUUGUGCUCAGUGUGACGGGCAAGAAGCACCCGUGCUGCGUCCUCUCCAACCCGGACCAGAAGGGCAAGAUCCGGCGGAUCGACUGUCUCCGACAGGCCGACAAGGUGUGGCGCCUGGACCUGGUGAUGGUCAUCCUGUUCAAAGGCAUCCCGUUGGAAAGUACAGAUGGAGAGCGCCUGGUCAAGUCGCCGCAUUGCACCAACCCGGCACUUUGCGUCCAGCCGCAUCACAUUACGGUGUCUGUCAAGGAGCUGGACUUGUUUCUAGCGUACUAUGUCCAGGACCAAGACUCUCAGCAGUCAGGAAGUCCCAGUAACAAUGAGCCAGGCAAGAACCCUCCAGUUUACUUGGAAGACAGCUUCAUCAAGUCGGGAGUCUUCAGUGUUUCGGAGCUGGUGCGUGUGUCCAGAAUGCCCAUCACCCAGGGGGCGGGGGUGAACUUCUCCAUGGCCGACAUGCCUAGUCAGCCAUACUACCACGACCUGAACUCCAGCGUGGGUCUCCACCGCUCCCUCUCUUCCCCACCUGGCAGUAAACGGCCCAAGACCAUCAACAUAGAGGAGAGCAUGGAGACCAGUCCCACGGGUCCUGACUUCUACUCUUCACCAAGCUCCCCGGCCAGUGGCAGCAGGACCUGGCACGAGAGGGAAGACAUGUCGUCUCCCACCAUGAAGAAGCCGGAGAAACCGCUAUUCAGCCCCACCUCGCCGCAGGACUCCUCCCCCCGACUGAGCACGUUCUCCCAGCACCACCAUCCUGGGCUCACAGGGGUCGGCCACAGUGUAAUAUCCACCAGGAGCCCUCCUCCCCACUCCCCCCUGCAGUUCUCUGCCUCGGCCAUCCUCCCCCCCGCCCCGUCAUCCUACUUCUCCCACCCCACCAUCCGCUACCCUCCCCAUCUCAACCCUCCGGACUCGCUGAAGAGCUAUGUGCCCAGUUACGACCCGUCCAGCCCGCAGAGCAGCCAGCCCAACAGCAGUGGCCAGGCCGGGAAGGUUCCGGGCCACUUCACUCCGGUUCUGGCCCCGUCUCCACACCACGGUGCCGUGCGGCCCGUCUCUCUCUCCAUGCCUGACACCAAGCCCAUCACGUCGGAAAGUUACUCAGCCCCAGGCACCCCUACCACUAACCGUUUUGUAGGACUGAGCCCUAGAGACCCGGCGUUCCUUCACCAGCAACAGCUCAGGAUAUGUGACUGGACCAUGAAUCAAAACGGCAGGCAUUAUGGCCCCAGUGGUACUGAGGAUACUUUGGGGAUUGCUUGGCAAAGUCCUGGUACCUGGGCGAGCUUAGUUCCAUUCCAAGUCACGAACGGGACUCAGAUUCUGCCAACAAAUGUCCACCAGAACUACAGCAUAAACAUCAUUGGUGAACCCCCUCUCCUCCACACAGAGGCAGAGAACUGAAGACCCUCCAAGGGCCAGCGACUGUCAGCUACGGGAGUACAAACCAGCAAGCAGCGCUUAAAACUAUUGCGUUUGUCCUUUGUCCCUCCUCCCUCUCUCUCCCUCUCCCCUUUCCCUCCCGCGAAACCCCGUCUCCCUUCGGGACAUUGGCUAAGAAGACUCUAGUAGGUUUGGAGCAAAACUGAUCCGGUCCGCUCUAGGUAACCCUCCGCCAUGCCAGUUAUUGUGUGAGAAGAGCCUUUCCAUUCAAAAUACUGAAUACUGUGAUGUAUCCUGUACAGAAAACUCUAGAUGCCUUAAUGUUUUGCAUGACAGCUCUUAGUCCAAUAGUGGUAUUCUUCUUCAUUCUGAUGUUGGGGAUUCCCAACCUUGGUUUACGGACCGUAGUGGUCUGAAACACACAAAGGCUGGCUGGUAGUAGACAUAGCUGACUGUAAGUUAUUCAACUCUGACCUUUAGCCCUUCUUCAGAAGAGGCAUGUCAAACUCUUCACUGUGUAACCAUAGGAACAAAUUGUGAAUUCAGAGUGUUUUUUUCCCCCUCCAAUUUCAGUUUACUGUGAUACAAUUUCUUUUGUCUGAAGCUCUUUAUUCUGUUGAUCUACUUAAAGGUUAAUUGUUCUCCUAAGAGUUGAGAACUCUUAAUAUAGUAAAAAAAAAAAUAAUGAGAAAAGGCAAGAUACACACUAUUUUUAGGUUAGAAAUUGGACCCCCUUUUUAAGAAUUCGUAUCUACUUUAGAAAAGGAUUUAAAAAGAAAAGACAAAAAAUAAUACUGAAAUCUCGAAAGAGGCAAGUGCAAUUUAAUUUUUGAAGGGAAGCUAUCAGUCUGUCAGCCCUAAGACUCUAAAGGAAGGGGGAAAAUGAGAAGUCUUUGUUUUAAAUACCUAAACGUACAAUUUUAAAACACAUUUGAGUUGAUUUCAGUCGCAUUUCAGUGUGUAUAAAUAUGGAAAUAAAAAAAAAUACAAAACACUAAGCCUAGAAUGCGGAAAUGUCUGAAGGUACACAUUAAGCUACCUGUGCAGAACUGAAUAAGAAAAAUUUAGCACUUCUGUCAAGCCCUACUAAUUCUUAUGGAGUGGUUUUUAUUUAUUGUGAAAUAGAAGAAAAAAAACACUUGAUUUUCUUUUUUAAUUAAACACACAUAGUGUAUAAAAUGGCAUCCAAAUUCAAGAACGUAUGCAUUUGGCCAUCAGCUUAUAAAGCUUGUGUUUACAAUAUGACUUGAUAAAAUAAGAAUGGCAGGCUGUUAAGUCAUUCACUAAAGUGUACCUGCAAGGUUGCAGACGGUUGCACAUUUUGCUUCUUGAACACUCAGAUCCCAGAGACAGUGGUGGUUGUCCCCCGAAAUCUAGAAUUGUGCGUGGCAGGUCUAUUGCCUUGACGUCUCUCAGUCCAGAUGUAUUUAUAUGACAGAUCUCUCCAAUACUCUUAAUUUGCACGAUGUCAUUUAGUCCACAUUACGUGCCUUUGAAUAUAGAGACAUCACUACACUUGUUUUAUUUUGGUUUUUUUUGUUGCAUUUAUUACCAUUGUAGAAAGGAAAUUAACAUUUUUAUGAAAAGAAAAUUGUUUUGUACUCCGAAUGAAAAUUGUGACAUUGUUGAUUUAUAACUUCAUUUACUACUUUCUCUCACAGUUACAUUGCAUAUCAUGGCUGUGUAUAGUCACCGUUAUAAAGUUUAUAAUCAACCAGCAUUAUUUUUCAGUAUUUUCUGUGGUUUUCUAAUAACCUUUCAUUUUUUGUUUUUGUGUCAUUUGAUUUUCAUCUUCCAGUUACUAUAGAGGAGGGAGGAAUUCAGAUUUAUGAAAAUUAUGCAAUACCAAGUUUUGCCUAUGUAGGUAGUGCUUAUAGAUUUGUCAAUUAUUAGAGGCUAGUUUGGAGAUAGACACUAUUGUAAUGCAUUUAUUUUGUUGAUAUCGUUGUUGUUAUUGUUGUUGUUAUUGUUGUUGUUGAUGUUGUUGUUGUUUUAAUUUUUUAAUUGACCAAAGUGGGGACUGCUUUCUAUGCAGUGUAUGACAAGGUCUUUUUUUUAGUGUACUGUACUAAGAGAUUGAGAGACAUGUUUCAGUGUGUUUUUAAUUCUUGGUGUGGUAGACAGGGGGUCUUUUAUUUCCGAUACCUACAGUAUGUAAAGAAUGCACCCGUUGGUCUCAUAUGGCUGCAAAGUCACUGAUCUGUCUACUGUGACAAACUUGCCUUUUUCCUUUCAACUUUCCACCUGGGGUGCUAGCGUGUGACAGCAACCGAGCUCAUUUUCACAGGAGAGGCGGCUUGACUUGAGUGUGACAAUCAUUUAAAUCUAAUUUCGGAAGAGGAGCAUGCUAACGUUAAUCAGACGCGCAGUUGCAAACCGACAUCCUGCCAUCAUGGGGAAAGCCGGCCCUUUGUCCGUGCUACUUCUCCAUGCAGGAAGCUAUGUAGGAAUGAACUCGUGAGAUUAGCUGUAUGUAAUUCCCAAGUAGAUGCCUUAAAAAUAUACAUGAAGUGACCUGUUACACAAGCUCUACAAUCAAUAGGCCAUCAAAUGUGAGAAUGGUCAAAUCAGUCUUAAGGAAGUCUUUGUAAGAAUCCAAUGUUAAGUGCACUAAAUCUGUAUAAACUCCAGAGAUUGACCUACCUGUUUUGGGGUGUUAUUUUGGCACUAAAAGGAACCAUGUAUUUUAUCAUGGAAUAAGCUAUGCACUACAGUGGAAGGAUAUCAGCUGUUUUCCUUGUAUUCUGUAGGACCAGGAGAAAUUCAACGAAAAAAAGAGCACUUGCAUAGCACAUAGGCAGUUUCCCUCCUCGUGUGUUUUUUCUUUCUUCUUCAAAUCUAUAACAAACAAAAAUGCUACAAUAUUACAUUAAAACAAUUUGAUUUCUCAGGCGUUACGCAGGGCAUUACAAAUUCCAGUCAUAACCCUCCCACUUAAUAAUAAUAUAGUAAUAUGUAUCACUACUUUUGUAUCGCUAAUAGAUACUAACCACAAUUUUGUUUUGACACCUUUUGCACUCUAUCCCAACAAUUGUGAAUGUUCUUCCCUGCUUAAUUAGAAGAAAAGGUACUGUGCUGUUUACACGACAGUCUUUGGAAAGCCACGUAUGAAACUCAAGUCAAGCUUAUUCUCUCCUCCUUCACCCAAAAUUCAGAUUCCGAUUUUUUUUGCAGAAAAAAAAAAAAGAA